AUGGGCCCAGUCUGCUCUGCCCAAAAGCGUAAAUCAAAAGCUCAUGAAUAAAAAGAGGAAUUUCGAGUUUCUAAUUAACCCUGUCUCGAUGCUACAUCCUUAGCUGGAUAAUCUCUACCUUUAGAAUUAAAAAAUUAAUUUGGCUUAGAGGAUUCAGUGUAAAACCUUAUGAAGCUCUUUAAAAGAUUCACAAUGUUUCUAGAUCUUGUUGGUAAUCUGGAUUAAUUACCUUAACAUACUAGAGAUAAAUUAAAUAAUUGUAUAGUGAUCAAAUAAAAUAUUUCUAUUAUUAUUCAAAAUAAUGUGAAGAGAGUUAUGAGAGAAUAGUAAAUUAUUAAACGAAUAGAUGAAUCAGAUUAUUAUCUUAUUUUUAAUGACCGAAAAUUUGCAAGUACAUUAAACUAAAUGAUGUCAAAAUUAUCAAAUGUAAUAUUAACUGAACUAAAACCUGAUGAAGAUUUUUAAUCUGCCUUUCCUAUAUUGGCAGUGUCAUUUGAAGAAGAAGCUGAAAAAAUUAAUAAUAUAGUUGAAAAGCUUAAAAACAAUAUAAAUAUUUCUAUUAGAAAAGGAAGUUCUUAGCAUUCAAUCUCAAUUAAUCAAUAAUAAUCAAAUAGAAAAGCUUCACAAUAAUGA